AUGACCUGGGCCACGGGAUUACCAUUCUGGUACACUUUGUCGGGGGACAGAACAAUCUUGUUGGAUCGGAGGUUUAACUCGGAUGAAGGUCUUGAUAUUCGGUUUGUUAGAGAUAUCAUUGUGCAGGAAAAUUGUCAGAUUGCUAAAUUAUCAGCGGCAUCUUGUCUAGAGUUGACAGAGUUAAUUCAAAGAGAAUCGUUUGGUCACGUUACAAGUCCUUUGAAUACGGUAUUACUUGCUGGUCAACCGCUAAAAGAGAAUAUAUUGACGGUUGUCGGCCCGCUAACUAAGACAGUAUAUAAUAUGUAUGGCAGUUCAGAAAUUGGGGGCUCAGCCGAGGUCCUGGUUAUUAAAGUUCCAGAUGAAGCUUUAUUAAAUGAGAUCUGUGCAUGCUUUAUUCCCGAAAAAGGAUCCGACGUGAAAUACUUGAACUGUCCAAAUUGA